UCUGCCCGGGGCGGGAUGAACGGACACAGCCGGAACGGGCAGGCCCACGCCCCCCGGCGGAAACGCCGCAACCGCUUUGUCAAGAAGAAUGGCCAGUGCAACGUUUACUUUGCCAACCUCAGCAACAAGUCCCAGCGCUACAUGGCCGACAUCUUCACCACCUGUGUGGACACACGCUGGAGGUACAUGCUCAUGAUUUUCUCCGCCGCUUUCCUGGUUUCGUGGCUCUUCUUCGGCCUCCUCUUCUGGUGCAUUGCCUUCUUCCACGGUGACCUGGACCCCAGUCCAUCCCCAGCAUCGGGACCUGCUGGAGCAGGUCCCGGGGGAGGCGGGAGCCCACCACCGGCAGCUGCGAAGCCUUGCAUCAUGCAUGUGAACGGCUUCCUGGGAGCCUUUCUCUUCUCGGUGGAGACUCAGACCACCAUUGGCUAUGGCUUUCGCUGCGUGACGGAGGAGUGUCCGUUGGCUGUCAUGGCUGUGGUGGUGCAGUCCAUUGUGGGCUGCGUCAUUGACUCCUUCAUGAUCGGCACCAUCAUGGCCAAGAUGGCGCGGCCCAAGAAGCGGGCCCAGACGCUGCUCUUCAGCCACCAUGCUGUCAUCUCCGUGAGGGACGGCAAGCUGUGCCUCAUGUGGAGGGUGGGCAACCUGAGGAAGAGUCACAUCGUGGAGGCCCAUGUACGGGCCCAACUUAUCAAGCCGUACAUGACGGAGGAGGGCGAGUACCUGCCCCUGGACCAGCGGGACCUCAAUGUGGGCUACGACAUUGGGCUGGACCGCAUCUUCCUGGUGUCCCCCAUCAUCAUCGUCCACGAGAUCGAUGAGGAGAGCCCCCUCUAUGGCAUGGGCAAAGAGGAGCUGGAGUCCGAGGACUUUGAGAUUGUGGUCAUCCUGGAGGGCAUGGUCGAGGCCACAGCCAUGACCACCCAGGCCCGCAGCUCCUACCUGGCCAGUGAGAUCCUCUGGGGCCACCGCUUCGAGCCCGUGGUCUUUGAGGAGAAGAGCCACUACAAGGUGGACUACUCACGUUUCCAUAAGACCUACGAGGUGGCUGGCACACCCUGUUGCUCAGCCCGGGAGCUCCAGGAAAGCAAGAUCACGGUCCUUCCUGCCCCGCCGCCACCACCCAGUGCCUUCUGCUAUGAGAAUGAGCUGGCACUCAUGAGCCAGGAGGAAGAUGAACUAGAGGAGGACGUGGCUGGCUUGGGGCUGGAGGGCGGCUCCAAGGAAGAUGGGGGCAUCAUUCGCAUGUUAGAGUUUGGGAGCCACCUGGAUUUGGAGAGGAUGCAGUCCACCUUACCCCUUGACAACAUCUCCUACCGCCGGGAGUCGGCCAUCUGA